UGUGGUUGGUGGGUGGCGGCCUGUCUUUUUCACCCUUUCGCGCGUGCGUCGCGUCGUCGGCCGGUCAGGUCCGGUUUGGGGGCUGCUACGCGACGUCGUGGUGUUGGGGCAGUGCGCGGUCUUCUUCCUCCUGCUCAUCUUCCUCCGCCUUCCCCUCCCCUACUUCCGCGGCUCUGGCCCACUUCCACGCCUUGAAGCAGGCAGAGGGGUCCUCCCCGCCUUGGCCGUGUGGGAGGCGUCCGGCCCGCUCUGCGCCUGGACAUUCAAUGCUCUCGGUUUUCCUUUGGAAUCCACGCCACACAUUUAUGGCGAUUCUGAGCAUCAGGGCAGAUUUCUGCCGGGCCCAGCACAGCACCCUGGCUGACAAGUGAACUGGGGGUCAGGUCCCACGUGCCAUAAUUCAACUUUGCCUUGAAGAUUCCAGACACUGAGACAUAUAAGCCUCAAAUAUAUGGGGAUAUCUUCUGCACAUUGGAAACCUCUUCCUCUUAGUGUCGCUAGAGAAGUGAAACCUGGCCGAGCCCAAGUGGAAAAAAGACCUGCCCUAACAUUUUCUUUGUGCCUCAUUAGUGCCUAAAUGUAGUAAAGGCUGCCUGUUUUUUUUGCAUGUAGUAAGAGACUGCAGAGUCUGAAGGAACACCACCUGCGGUGUUUGAGGGUGAAGUGAGUUCCAGCUGAUGCUCAAGCAGACCUGCUUUUCUUGAAGUGAAGAAUUCUCUUGAACAACAAAGUAAACAAGGAAAGCUCUGAUCAAUUCUGGACACUUUAGUGAUUUUUUUAAAUGUCUUCUGCUGUGAAACGUUGCAAGGUUUGAACUUUUUUUUGCCCCAGCACACUUUCUUUCUUGCCACUAUGAACCGUCCUGCUCCAGUGGAGAUUACUUAUGAGAGUAUGCGCUUCCUGAUUACCCACAACCCAACCAACACAACCCUCAACAAAUUCACAGAGGAAUUGAAGAAAUAUGGAGUGACAACCUUGGUGCGGGUCUGUGAUGCUACCUAUGAUAAAGCACCUGUUGAAAAAGAAGGAAUCCAAGUUCUGGACUGGCCAUUUGAUGAUGGAGCACCACCCCCCAGCGAGAUUGUGGACGACUGGCUCAACUUGUUGAAAACCAAAUUUCGUGAGGAACCUGGCUGCUGUGUUGCUGUACACUGUGUUGCAGGGCUGGGAAGAGCCCCAGUUCUGGUUGCCCUCGCUCUCAUUGAAUGUGGAAUGAAGUACGAGGAUGCUGUGCAGUUCAUAAGGCAGAAGAGGAGGGGAGCUUUCAAUUCCAAACAGCUGCUUUACCUUGAGAAAUACCGACCGAAGAUGCGAUUGCGCUUCAGAGAUGCCAACGGUCACUGCAUCGUGCAGUAAGGGGGAAGUCCUCUGAAGUUGUUUUGAUGCUAUCAUGGCUGUCUUUCUGGACUCGUGGAACCUGAAAAUGUAAUUCUGGAAUUGAACGACAUCCUCGCCAUGGCAGUGGAGUUGGUGCUCCUCAGCUGUUGUCCUAAUGAUGAUGAUUGUGAUAAAAAAAUAAAAUUAAAACUAAACAUUUUGGUGAAGAAUUGUCUUCUCAUGUUGCAGUCUGAUCAUCUGCCAAGAGAAAUAGAGUUCCUAGAGCCUUCUGUAUUUUUAACUUUUUGGAGAAAAAACCUAAUAAAAUCAAUUUUAUGUCUCAAGAAAAACGGGAGUAUCAAGGUUGUGCAUAUAUCAUAAUUGAGUGAAACAGCAUCCCUCGGUUAGGUCCUGGUAUGGGGAUUAGUUUUGGUAUUUUAAUGGUUGCUUUCUUUCCUUGUGCUGGCAGGCAGAAUUGAAGUGAUGUCUUUGUAGCUGUAGGUGAGCAGUCAGCAGCCUUAAGCUCAAGUGGAUGAGUUCAGAAAUAGUGGUUUGUAUGUCCAGUUUGCAGCUGACAGGAUGUUUGUGGUAGUUAGGCUUACGAACAUGCUGGGUGAAUGUCCUUUAUCUUACCUGGAUGAUACUUUUAAGCAUCAUUCAUCUUCCAGAUAAGCACCUGGCCUGCUGAGAUGAGGGUAAAAUAACUUUGUGACUCCUUGGUGCACUCUUGGAAAUGAUGAGGAUUGUUACCCUUGCUUAAAACUAGAGCUGUAGCCCCUGUGAUUGUCUAGGCGUCCAGAUUAUGCGAUUGCAGAUGUGGUCCUCCGUGCUAAAAUGCUGCCUACAAAUGCAUUGCUUUUAAGAACUUGGUCUAGAAGUUAACCUGCAAAAUUGGGCAGACGUGUAUUACAGUGUCCAGGUAAGCAGCAUAUUUAAAAGGUUGCCUUUAUCCUACAGGCCCUGUGCUUGCUGUCUGGAUGAUCUUUGCCUCUCUCUGUGUGGAAUAAACUUGAAUGGAGGCUAUUUUGAAUAGGGCUCUGUGCCCACUUGACAUUUGUCAAAUGCAUAGGCACCCUCCCCGCCUCAUGUUUAGUUCCUGCUCACCACUGGUUGGCGCUUGUUCUGGCCUUUUCACCAGGUCCUUAAGGGAGAUUGCUGGUUACACACUGCUGUUUUUAGGGUGUGUUGUGUAGGAGGAUAGUUGCAAGAGGACAUUGCAUGUAGGCCAGCAAGACAAGUGUUUAAUUUUAGAGUGGGUUUGUAAUAUUUCCAGUUUCCAUAGAAGCCCAUAUCCCUUUUCUUUCAAUUCUCAGCAUUUUUCAGGAUCAAAAUUCUUUUGCCCUUCAGACUCACACAGAUUCAAGCAUCAGCUCUUUAGUAGGCACAGACAAGGCUGAUAAACUUUCCAUUAUGGAGGACACCAUGUAACCUUCCCAAUACAAUAAGGUAUAAAAUUGGCUUUUGGCUAAUACAGCCCCAACAUUUCAAGUCUAGAAAACAAAUCAUGGACCAUCGUUUCCAUGUGUGCUUAAAUUACACCUAUUUCUGAUGGGUACUGUGCCAAUCAGUCCAGUUUUGGAUGGUUAACAUAUUUAAGUCGAAAACCACAAUUCUUUUUGUCUAAAAUAUAUAUAUUGGGGGAGGGUUGUGGCGCUGUUACUUAUACACACAAUUAGGGGCAGGAACUGCAGUUCUGCAUAAAAGUGCUUAUCUAGAAAUGUGGCCCUGGAUAGCAAACACAAGGUUGGUACUUGCCCAGUGUACAAAUACAAAUUGUUCUUUUUUUUUAAUACAGAUUUUAUUAGUUUCAUAGAAAGAUACUACAGAAAAACAAAAAGACAUAAACAGAAUAGAAAGCAUCUAACAGAAUGGAUACUAUACUCAUACAUCAGCUUAAGUUACAAUGUAAUUAUAGACUCGUCUUCUAUGCCGUGUCUGUAAGGUUUUUGUUGAGAUUUAUGAUUUAAGUUCAAGAUAAUUUUGCAUCCAAUUAUAAAACCUCGCCCAUUUUCUUUCAAAGUUCCCUUCUUGUUUUUCGUGUAAUUGUAACGUUAAUUUGUCCAUUUCUGCUGCAUCUAACAGCCGGAAAAUUAGUUCUUUGUCGGUGUCUCUCCUUUUUUCCAAUAUUUUGCGUAUAAAUUCUAGCUGUGGAAAUACAAAUUGUUCUUGUAAGUAGGUUCUGAUUUUUACAAAAUUUAGAAUGUGUCAUUUUUCUGUUGUGCGACAAGACCUAACUAUGGCUAAAACUGCUGCAGCUGAAUGGGAAAAAAAAUCCCUCAACAUAAUAGAACCUUUUCUUUAAAAAGAAAUCACUUUUAUAUAUAAGUUCAUUCUUCCCCUUCAAUUUUACUUUGUAUUAUAGUAUAUUAGAUUGUAUUUCAACAUCAACAGAACUGAGAAAGCAGGGCUGUUUCUUAAUGCACAGGGGUGCACAUUCUGUCAGAGUAGAAAUGUCAGAGCUUCAUUGUCGGAGGGCUCAACAGGCACAAUUUCUGGUUCAGCACUUGGAACAUGGUGCAAUAAAGUUCUUACCUGUAU